UGUGAGCUACCUGUAGCCACGCAGGGCUAACCGCCGCGCUGACGCCACAAGGUAAACCUGGGGAAAUUCAGCCGCAGCGGAGGAGUCACCGAGCGGAACCGAGCCGGGACCUUUCGAAGGUGAAAAUGCAGGAAGAAUCGACCAGAUCAGAUGAUCCGGAUGCCACAAAUGCAGCCGGGAGUUUCCAGUCUUCUUGUCCGCAAUGCAGUGAGCAGAUUCUCAAACCAAAGCCUCCAAAAAGUAAUCCAAGCUUUUUGGAGGACUUAUUCACGACAUGCAAACUUCUUGAGAAUUUUGCAUCGGCAGAGGCAGAAGUACUAAAUGAAGACGGAAAUGCGAAAGAGUCUCAGCACGUGGACUUUUCAGAAUACCUUCGAUUUGACGAGCACGGGAUGAUUCUUCCGCACAGCAUCCUUGGCAGCUUAGAUGAUUUUCGAACGUAUUUGGAGGCCAGGGGGGAGAAACAUCUGUUGAAGCACUUUCCGAAGCCUUUGACAGAUCCCGCCUCUGAAGCCAACAUGGAGCCUCGCACAGAGAGCAGGGAUGAAGAGAUUUCCCACCAGAGCAAUGCGCUUCAGAACUGGGACAAACACAUGUCAUAUCGCAGACGGAAGCAGAAAGAAUUGUCUGACUCACUCAACUGGCCUGUGGAAAACCUGCUGAUGAAUCAGGACAAGCAUUACAGAGAGACCACGGAGCAGAAGGAAAUUCUAAAUCAAGUCAUGCCGCUCGUCUACCCCGGAUACGGUUAUACUGUGGGCGGCGAGUUUUGGAGCCUCCCGCAGCGUCUUGGCGAUGAACUGACCGGUAUCGCAACGACGCUGACUCGGACCGAGCGAGGCCUAAAGAAACCAAUCACACACGUGGGACACCCAGACACCAUACACAGGGAAAUGGGAAUCGUUUCUACUGAGAUUGAGCGUCCAGCUACUCAAGCUUGGGCUCAGAGUGCUUACCUGCAACACAAGACACAGGAACUUGGACAAAUUGUGCACGACGUGGACAUAAAAAAUCUAGAUAUGAGUAAACUGGAGGUGAUAGGUACCGGAAAGCCGCACACUUCCGUGUCGGAGCACCAGGAUCCCUUACUGCAGAAUGAGAAAAAGGAGAAGAAGGAACAUCUCGUCAUGGAGGAAGAGGAAUUGUACGAUAAAAAUGACAGAGACUCACUGGAGGAAACUGAUGAUGACCAAGUCCAGGCUUUGCCCUAUCCUGCUUUGAGGAUUAACGGCCAGCUUGCUGAAUGGACUGGACACCCGACAUCUGAUGAGGGAGCAGUUGGACUCUGUACCUCCGUGUUGUUCAAAACCCAGACCGGGGAAAUUGUCUCAACUAACUUGGAGCUGCGCAACGAAGGCAACACCGUCAUUUUUUACAGCUGGAAGAAGCUCCCAAGACAACUAAGUCUGUCUCACCUGUACCAGCAGAAGAACCGUGUGCGCUUCUACUUCAGAUCCUCCUCUGGUGUGAUUCAUCCCAGCGAAACCCAGCAGGUGGAGUUCAUAUUUAAGUCAGAGGAGCAAGGUCUCUGGACUGAAAUUUGGCAGCUCAACACCCACCCUGUGUUGUUGCAAGGAGCCUCGAUUCAGGUCAGGCUGAGUGGGGUGGCCAUCAAACUGGACAAAACUGCCGAUCUGAGGCGCUUCUUAGAGAACAAGCUGGAAAAGAUUGCUGUGGAAAAGUACUGUCGAUCGAUUUUGAACAGCCUGGUCAGGGGCGUCUACAUCCCUGAAAGGCCCAAGUCACCUGCAGAGCUUUACCUCACUGAAGAACAGCAGUUCCAGAACAAAAACCCCGUGUUGCAGUACCAUUUCCAGCCAGUAGAGGCCCUAAAGACACUGUGGCAACAGGUGAAUCCGGACUGCAGCUGGGAUCUCUGUUUCAACACUCUUCGACAGGCUGUAUUGUCUCUGCCUGAUGAGGAUCCUAUCAAAGAAGAGAGCUUUUCCCAGCUCAACUCUCUGUAUCUGCAACUUUGUGAUCCUCCCGCUGGAAAACACCACCUUGUAACACCAGCCAUUACAGGGCGACAACUAUGGAUAAACCUUCUGGACUUAAUGGGAACUGAUGCCGUCAUGCUUAGAGCUAUGAUGGACCUUCCAGAGAAAGAUACUUGGUCUGAUGAGGGUACUCCGUCGCCCACCGAAGACAGGAGAGAGUCAUCGGAUGUAAUACAGAAGUGCGUGAGAAUAAAACUGAAAGACGUCGGCAGAACAGACUCCAGAGAGUUCGACAGCCCGAUUGAGAUCACUGGAACGAAGGGUAGGAGAACGAAUCAGGCGGGCAAGCAUUCCAAAGACAAACACCCGAAGGAGUUUGAGUCACCGGCUGAAUGUAGUUCGAAUUUAGACCUUGCAGACGUAGACGAAGAGACCCUCUUGACCUACAGAGGAGAUUUGCACAAAAUGGUUUACGUUUGGAUGGAAGAACUCGUGUGCAAUCUGUGUGACCAGUUGGACGACAUGGAGGUGGGUGACGGGCAGACCCCGAAAUGCUGCGCCUGAAUGGCAGGCUGGAUGAAAAGGAGAGGAAAAGAAAAGGCCCAAGCAAUUAGAUAUCACUUUUGUUGACGAAUCAAUAAAGUUUGU